AUGAAUUGCGCUUGCAAGCUCCUCGUGGUUUUGGCCGCCUUCUUGCUGCCUGUCUCGUCCUCUCACAAGGUCGCUGUAGCCGGUCCCGAUGACAGUAACGGCGACCUAAACGUGGCCAAGGUUUGCUACCCCGAUGUUUAUGGUGACGCAGUUGUCCCCCCUUGCGUGGAAAUUACCAGGAUCGAAGAGGCCUGUCAACCCCAUGGUGACGAGCCCAUCGACUACCAAGGCCAUGCUCAAUGCAUGUGCAGCGGCAGCUUCUUUAUGGAUUGGCGUGGAUGCCAGGAUUGUCUUUUCAUUCACGGCUUCCGUAGCGCCCGCGAUUAUGCCUACUGGGAGCAAGUCCUUGCCGUUGCCUCGAGCUCUCUGUGCCAUGCAACACCUACCGCCGCAUUUCAGGACAUCUUUGCUUCCGUCCAAGCAGACAUCAAUCAGGCUCCCCCCGUGACCACCGGCGACCCUCAGUCCUCGGAUGAGUUUCCGAGCGAAACAGAAGUGAGCCUGUACUAUUCGGCUACCGCCCCUCAAGGCCCUGGAGUCGUUAAUGGGGCUGCUGCCACGGUCACAAGCCCUUCUCAGCCAAUUGCUGGCAACUCGACAUCUUCCGAGUCUAUCACCAGCAGUGGCAGUACUGUCGAGACAACUAGCACCGUGUCCAACACGGCAAGCACCACGCGGUCUGCCUCUCCUUCCUCGACUGGCGGAGCGCCUGCUCAUGGACCUGGCCAGGCUUUGGCUGCUGUUGCUGGGGCUGCUUUGAUUGUGGCUUUGUAA